AUGUUUGCUGGAUGUCCAUUUAAGAUAUUGGAACAACCGAAAUUCGUCUAUGAUGGAAAAUGGUUGAAAAUGCGUGAAGUGCGAUUUCGCAAAUCUGAUUCCUUACCAGAACAGGUCUGGGAGUCUGUUCACCGCCGAACUGUUCCAAGUUCGAAACCAGAUGGUGUCGAUGUGUUAGCAACUUUGCAUAAAGAUGGCAAAAAGUACUUUAUUCUCAUCAAACAGUAUCGAAUUCCUAUGGCUGGCAUGUGCUUGGAAUUUCCAGCUGGUUUAAUCGAUGAAGGAGAAACUGUUGAGGCUGCAGGUUUACGUGAAUUGAAAGAAGAAACAGGUUAUACCGCUACAAAGGUUUUAUCGUGCACAAAAGGUAAACAAGGCUUAAGCCCUGGUCUUUCGGAUGAAAGCGUUAAUUUUAUGAUAGUCGAAGUUGACGGUAAUGCACCAGAGAAUAAAAAUCCAAAACAGAAUCUGGAUGAUGGUGAAAUUAUCGAGGUCGUACUUGUUGAAUGUGACAGGCUUUUGCCAUAUGUUGAAUUAAUUUGUACAGAAGUUCAUGUGGAAUCGAUGUUAUAUGCAUUUGCUUUGGGUAUGAAUUAUGCGCAGCAUUUUCUGUGA